AUGAUGAUUGAUUUGAUAACACCUGGAUAUCCUUGCAUCGAAUCCCCGCACGCUAUGGAUUUGCACGAGGCUCCCAUUACUUGUGUUGCAUAUUACUCGGAUUGUCCCAGCGAUCUCAUUGGUGCUUUGACUCUUGUAGGCUGUAAGCAAAGGAGGAAAGGUUACAGUGAAAGGGCCUGGCCUGUGAACGGUGGUAUUGGAAGGGAAUGCGCAGCUGGUCAUCAGGAGCUGAUCAUUACUGGGCACAAGGACGGUACGAUAAGGUUUUGGCAAGCAUCCGGAGAAAACCUUCAAAUUUUGUAUCGACUCAAAACAGCGACGCAUUUUGAACGAAUUGAAGAAUUAGAAGGAAGCGAGAAAGUCUCUCAUGCCGUGAAAUUUAUAGAAUUAUGUGUUGAAUCCCGUCUAUUACUUGUCGCUGGUGUCUCAGGGCAAGUCACCUUAUUCCGCUUCACAAAAGCUGAGAGUAUGAACACGAUUGCGGUUGUUCAGAUACCAUUACUCGGAGCAUCUCCAUCAAAUAAUCUUGAAGAACGUGCAGCACCUCCUCCAGCGCCGAAGGAGAUGCGUAGACAAAAGAAGGUGCUCAGCAGAGAUUCCACGCACAGUCCGGAUACGAGCGAUGCUUCUGGAGAUGAACAAAUUGUACCCUUUAAAGUGCGAGGUGCACCAGUCAAGCGAGCUGCGGGAUAUCAGCCUGAACUGGCCUGCCUUGUUCCAUGGCCAUCCACUUCCCAAGCCGAUUCAGUAACCUGUAUCGCUCUGAAUUCAGCU